UAAUCCUGCCGUGAGGGGGUGGGCUGACUGUGAGGUUUGAAUAGGGAAGUUUGCAGAGCGCAGUGCUACCAUCCAGUUCAGUGUUUGCAAAUACAGAUAGUUACACGCAAGCGAGGACCGGUCAUCUGUUAAAACAGCACUUGUUUGCAUCGCAACUGCAUGCAAGUACAUCAACAGGGAUACUCGGUUGACAUCAUUGCCAACAAAUAUUUUUUUUUCUAAAUCUUUGGGGGUUUUUGUAAAACGAAAAAAAUUAAAGUGCGGCCAAAUAGGCUUUCACCACUCGAGACUUGGAAAUGGAUGUUCUACCUAUGUGCAGCAUCUUUCAAGAACUUCAAAUAGUUCACGACACGGGCUAUUUUUCCGCUUUACCAUCGCUGGAGGAGUAUUGGCAGCAGACAUGCUUGGAGCUGGAGCGGUACCUACAGAACGAGCCCUACGUCUCGUCGUCCGAGCUCAAGUUCGACGGCCAAGAGGACCUCUGGAGCAAGCUGAUCCUGGCCUGCGAGGAUAAGGCCAAGGCCGGGGCGGAACCAAAGACCCCACUGGUGCACGACGAGGACCACCAGGACAGCCAGAUCUUGGACAGCAACAGCGUGAACUCUGACGCCAGCAGCGAGGCGUCCGACAGUUCGGAGGAGCUCUCCCCCACGCACAGCUUUACCUCCAACCCCCUGGGCUCGGUGUUGGUCGGAGCCGGACCUUUCAGCCCCUCCGUCAUCAGCACGCCCCCGUCCUCCCCCGAACCCCCCCACACGGAGCCCGGCGCGGCGUCGCAGGGCUGGGGCAGCAGCAGCAGCACGCACGCCGACUUGCACUUGCCCGUCAAAAUCAGGACCUCGGGGGUCGGAAAGAGUUCGGACAAAUCGGGACUGGUCUGCGGGGAGGGUUCCCCUGACGGCCGGCGGCGGGUGCACAGGUGUCACUUCAACGGCUGUCGCAAGGUUUACACGAAGAGCUCCCACCUCAAAGCACAUCAGCGCACCCACACAGGGGAGAAACCAUACAGGUGUUCAUGGGAGGGCUGCGAGUGGCGUUUUGCACGAAGCGACGAGUUGACCAGACACUUCAGGAAGCACACUGGGGCAAAGCCAUUUAAAUGCAGUCACUGUGACAGAUGUUUCUCAAGGUCCGAUCAUCUGGCCCUUCACAUGAAGAGACACAUCUAGAGGGGAGCAGGACAAAACUCAAAACUCAAAACCAACCAACCAACCAAUGCAGCAAAAGCGGGGGAGAUAAUAAAUAGAAAAACGAUGGGGGGAAAAACUAAACAAGCAAACAAACAAACCAACACAACGAAAAAGAAGAGAAAUGUCAUCUCCCGAGCCGACUCUUGGUUGAACUGACUCCAGAGCAGAGCGGUGGCGGGAGGGGGGAGGGGGGGGGGGUGUUCCAGCCAAAGCAUGCCAUUUUGCACCAUACUGAAAACCCAGUGCCUCCGGGACGCCUCUUUGGAGAGCAGCCGCUCCGAAGGUUGUCCGUCGCCACGAGAGGACAAAAUCAUGAAUGGAAGAAUCUAUUGAGGGAAAGGCUUGCGAAACAACGAGAAAAUUCUGGAGCGAAAGAGAGAGAGAGACAAAAAUUCGGUAGAACAAAGACACACACAAACAUACAUACACAAACGCAACACAACAAGAAUGAAUGAUCCGUAUGUAUGGUGCAUGAUGUUUUUGAGAACAUCUUCCCGGACAGCAGAUACACUGGUACUUUACGAAAAAUGAAAAACACACAAAAAAAAAAAACUGUCUGAGGUAAGCAUGUGUGCACUGUGAAUGUUUGGGACUGGCAGACUGGCCCCUGCCACAGGAGAGACCAGAGAAGGGGCUUUGGAUGACUGGACAGAAGGGGGGGGUGGAUGACGGGGGUCGGUACCUAUAUUGCUGUGGGUUGGAUGUGGGAGGCUUCUAUUGGAACAGGGUAUUUUGGUGCUCCAAAAGAACUGUUCAGAAGUCCUGGCCACGUGAGAAUGGGGAGCAAGGGUACCCGCGUGUGGGUCACCAGGACUGGGGUUUGGGGGUCCAUCGCCAGAGCCUUUUUUUUUUAGAGCCUCGGAUCCUGACUACUAAGGGGUCGGGGGUGGGGGAGGGGAAUGACUCAUCCCCUCAGAUUGGGGGGCUCCCCCCACUUCCCAGUCUUUGUAUGAGAGAAGCUUCUUUGGUGUAUUUUGGUGCAGCUACUUAAUGUGCAAUGUGUUCUGUAGCCUGGUUUAUUUUAUUAUGAUUUUUUUUAUACAAGCUACAAAGCUCAUUUGUAGUCCCAAUUGUAUAAGCUGUGUGCUUAGAGGUAUAACACAAUUAUACUAUAACUUCAGUAUCAUAGACAGAUGUUGCAUGGUUCUAGGGUUCUUCUUCACUUUCCUGUUUCCACUGUAAUCAGGACUGCAAAUAGUUUCAAUAAAAGUGCAGCUAAAUUGCUAAUGGUUAAAUGUUACAAUGUUGUACAUAAGCCUUGAUAACUUUUAUUUUGACAUCACCCCCCCCCCCCCCCCCCCCCCCCCGAUUCAUCUGCAUCAUAUUUUUGUAUCUUUUGGCUGGCUUUUCCCCACUGCUUAGCUUACUGAUAAUGUGUAUCAGUCAUCGAGCUCUUACUUUCACCCAUUCUUAUGCCUUGAGGACUAAUUUGACGUUUGUACUUCCUUUCCGUUUUCUAUCUUAAUAAUGCACUGUUGACCUUAAUGGUGCCUUAUGCAAGUGACUUAGCCCUCUAGUGGUCGUUUCCUCCCCUGGAGCUUGGAAAAAAAGUCACAUGUUUUGAAUGGGUGAAUUUAAAAAGAAAAAAACCACACAACAAAAAAAAUAAACUCAAUCAAGGUUCAAUUGCUUGUGAGCUAGCUCCUCCAGUUUCCACGUCUGCUGUCCCUCCCCCUUUUGGAUUUGAUGCUUUCAGAGUGUAGAUGCUCAGUAAGAGCCCCUCGUUGGUUGGAUACGUCUUUAAGGAAAACAAUAGUUGAUUUAAUCGAUGUGUAUAUCUUUUUAAUAAUGUAUAAUUUCCCCAUUUGAGGAGUUAAAAACAUUGUAAAUAUGCCAAAUUCUGUAUGUUGAGAGCACUUAAAUCAAUUUAUUAAAGACAUUAACUACUGUGUAGUAUGUAUUGUAGUCCAUCGCACACAGCUUAACAAAAAAAGGUACAAAAUUAGCAGCAUUUUGAGAACAUGGUUGAAUGGGCAAUACAAACUACUUCAGUGCUCCUGUUUAAUGGCAAAGCAUGGCAUAGACUGGGAAUACAAUCUCCAAUACAUCCAAUCCCCCCCCCCCUCCCUCACCCAUACGCAUAAGAAAUUUCUUCAUCCCUGCAAGCAGGACUGAAGGAAAAAGCUAAAGAUUUAUUGUAAUUAACAGGCUGCAGUUGGACAGGCCUUGCCUUGUACUGGCUCUCUGUAAUGAAUUGCUAAAGGCUUUGUUGGCAUGGAAUCCGUCACAGACUGCUGACUGUGUAGGUUGGUUAUUGACCUGUCUGGGGAGCGUUGUUUUAGCCGAACUGCAACAGUAUUAUAAAGCGGGCAACGGUGGGGGGGGUGGGACGGAUAAAGAUCAUCCAUUUGAUUUGACCUGUUGUUGGUAUAUGUAGAAAAUUGGCAGAGUCCCCAUCUCCGGUCGGUAUUUGUCUUUCAGUGACGCUAUGUCGCCUCAUACAAAAUACUUUUGGGGGGUCGAUUAGUGGAAACAAAUGGUGAACAUAGCAGGCUAGAGACCAAAAUAAUUUUGCAGGAUAUAACUGUUCAUGCUCAACGUGAAAUUCCAGGAGAGCCAAACCGCUAGCCACUGUGAUAGAAGACGCUCUGUUUUGUCAGAGUUUGAUGUUGCAGCAAGCUGCAGCAUGGCAUGCGGCGGCAUAUGGAUUUCAGAUCAAUCGGUGGAAAGACACAGGAUGUGUACAAACUUGAAACUGCUUGCUGGGAUGGAAUUAGAUUGUUGGCACGGCCUUUAUGGACAGGAACGUGGGACAUCCAUUGUUUGAAAUGGCAGGCAGUGCUGUUCAAGUGGUAAUUGAGCCUUGAUUUAGUCCCAAUGUUUGUUUGCAUUUUAAAGCCCUUUCCAUCACUGCUAUCUUCUCGCUCUUUCUCCCUCACAUCCACAACCCUGACACGUAUCCUUCAUUCAACCACAGCUCUUUGUUCUAAACAGUCUUUGUAUAAAAAAAAUCAACUUUUGUAAAAUUGUUAUGUUUAUGCUUUAUGAAAUUUUUAUUUGAAAUUGUUUUGCAAAAUUGUUAUAUUUCUGUAUGAAUGUAUUUUUUAUUGGAAUAAUAAGAAAUUCUUAUCUGAUUUUGGCUUGCUUCCUCUGUCUUCUUAUGAUUUAUCUUUUCUAUUGUGUUACAACUCCAUAACUCGUCAAAUCGUUCCUUUAGAAAGCUGUUUGGGAUUGAAGGUCUAUGAGUGUCUAACUUAAAAGUGUAUAGUAGCACAAAUACAAAAGUCAAGGGCAUGGAAAUGAAUGAAACAUUUCCCCUUUGUCACUUUAUAAAUUAAACAUGAUGUUUUAAUUUCCAAGCUAGCACCCACACAAGGACAUUAUACAUUCCUAGCCUGUGACCUCAAAUGUGUGUAACACAUUUAAUAGCACUGUGCUCACCUUCUGGCCCUUAUCUUUAAACAUAGCCAUCGAUAUAUUGUCCCAUACAGACUACACUGGUUUAAAAAUAACUGCAAAAAAAGGCAAUGGUGUCCCAACACAGACACCAUCCCAACUAUUGUUAGCACUAACUGUGAUGAUGUGCCCAGGUCGGUCUCUUGGCCAAACAGCCCCAAGAAAGGUUCAUAUUGCUCUGGUGUCUUGCAGUGGUUUCGACGGUACUCGCUACCAGCUGCUUGUUCCUUAAAGCUAGCUAGCUCUCAUCAAAGCAGUAUAAAUAAUUGAUCUCCAUCUCUUGCAGCCCAUGGCAUUUAAUUAGGGGGACGGUUUUAUACAUUUGUUAGAUAAUUACACUACUUGACACAGAUAAUGACAUGAUACAGCAAUGGAUAAACCAAAAGGGCCUAGCUUAUGGAUACAAACUAACGAGGAACAAAUAAGUAGGAUGUUGGCUACAGAUGUCAACAACUGUAUGUGGGUCUCUGCUUCUGGGGGAACUCGGAAUGGGCAGUCUACUUCUUAGCAGGAACCACAUUUGAGUAAACGAUUUCCUUGUAUUUAAAUCAUGCUUGAUCAUCACUUAUUAAUUAGGCUUGCUCUGGGGAACCCCCUGGCUCAAAAAAGGUUAAUUCCGCCCCGAAUAGUAUAUCCAUUUGAUCGUUGACUCCCUUGACGCUUUCGGAAAGCCUGUUAGCAUUUAUGCUGCAUAAUACAUCCGCCCCAUCAUCCACACGCUCCAUGUCUGGAACUCGCAAACAAAGUCGUUAAAAGGCUUUAAGAUAACGAACAGCGCUUAUACAUUGUGCUUCCAUCUCCAGCAUCGUCUUAAGCCACCUUGUUCAAAAGGUAUCUUUAUAUCAAUGUUCCAACAGACAUUUAAAAUUCCGUGCUUUCACAAGGUCACAUUUCCUCGAGGAACCGGUCAUUUUCUAUGAGAGGUGGGAUUGAACCGACAACCCCUGCCUGAUAACACGUCGCACUGUACCGAGAUGUCGUGUAGGCUGCCUUGAUCCUCUUAAAGUUGAUACGGUGCGUCUAGAACCGCCGUAGUCUGGUUUGGUCCAUGACUCAGGUCUGCCACACGGAGAGGGGACGAUGAAAAUCCUCUGGUUUGGAGCGGACCAUGAAGCUGUAUCGUGUUUCCCCACCAACGGAUGCCAUGGGAUUACACCGUCUCUUGAUGUGACAUCGACCACACAGUCUCUCAUGUCGGUCUUUUUAACCGGCCCCGAAACACUCACAAAUAAGUGAGUAGCAGGGUCCUCAAGCAAGCCAUUGUUGUUAUAUCUGCCAUUUACUCGAAGAUAUUUCCAUCCGUCACACCACUGUAGCUUUGCAGUGAGCUGAUGUCUGUAGUAAACAGUUCAGCCAGCCAUUUGGUCCUACAUAACAAUGUCAAUCAGAGACUAAAACUCGCAAAUAGGACCAAACAUAUGUGACAUCUUUUGGCAGAACGAGGCUCUGGGAGUGAUUUUGAAAAUGAAGAGGAAGGCUACUUUGCUGAAAUAUAUUUAGCAAAGCUGCCGUGAAGCAAGCGGGAACGAGGUUACGAAGCCAGGGGAGUGUUACUAACGAGGCUCGCGCAGGUAUGUUAUUGAACAACUGGUCCAGGUAUGUGAAGGUAUUCCUGUUAAAAAUGCAAUUUGUAUGAUUAUUUGUUUAAAACGGAAAGCAAAAGUAUCAAUUAUUAACAGAAUAUAAAGAAAUAACAUUUUUGAUGUUGCGUCAAAGAUGUCUAUUUUGUUGCCUAGAUGUUUAAUUUAGUAAGCGGCUAGCCCAGCUAGCAGGCUUUUUGAAAUAUUGCUUGAUGAAGAUCAUCACUUCAAUGUAUUAAUUGUCAGCUGAUUUAUGUAAGGUUGGUUUUAGCAGUGAGGCAGCUAAAUAAUAGCGUUUAGUCAUCCUUGUCCUACCUUUGUGUCAUCUCCUCUUUGAUUGGAAGUCUAGCUCUUUUUAAGUGGUGUAAAAAAACCUAACCUGGGAAAUUAAAGAUAGACCCCCAUGAACGGUAAAAUGACUUAUAAGUACCUGAUGUGAAUUGGGAAUUGGACUGUGAUGGAGGCACACAGCGAGUUAAAUGAGGGGAAAUAAUAAGGAAC